AUGGCCUCUGAAAGCCAUCCACAAAUCAUCGAUCCAAAGGAUAGCCCAACAUCGGCUGUUUCACAACCAGAAUCAGCAGCUGCUGAAGAGAAUAAGAUGGUAAAGCCUCCAAUGGACAAAAUUGAAAUGGCCACGGUCUUUCUACAGGCCCAAGAGGCGGACUACUUCCAGAACAUGAUGUCCGCUAUGGGUAAGCCGUUUGCUAAGGCUAUCAAAAUUGGGGAAAUUGUUGAAAGUGGGCUGAAAACGGGCCGAAUCUUGAGUCAUGCUGCUUUUAAAGCCACAUCAUUAUAUGUUCAAAAUGGUUCAGAGGAUUUGAUAAAUAGAAACGGGAGAGAAGAAGGAGCCAUGAUGGUUUCCAGCUCGAGGGCGGCCCGCAGGUACAAAGACAUGGACAUCUCUGUUGUUGCUGGGAUUGAAGCUAGAGAGUCCAUGUUUGGUCCAUCUGUAGCUCUAGCCAUUGGUGCAAAGUUUGUUCCUUUACGCAAGCCAAGAAAAUUACCAGGUAAGGUAAUUGCAGAAUCAUAUGAAAUGGAGUAUGGGAAAGAUUGUUUGGAGAUGCAUGUUGGAGUUUUACAGCAAGGGGACAAAGCAGUCAUACUUAACGAUUUGGUAGCUACCGGUGGAACGCUAUCUGCUACAAUUAAACUUCUAGAACGGAUGGGAGAUGAAGUGGUUGAAUGUGGUUGCGUUAUCGGAGUACUAGAGGUCAAGGGUCAAAGCAUGCUAAAGGGAAAGCCUCUCUAUAUUCUUGUGGAACCGCGGGAACUAGAAGAUUUUUUAUGA